AGGUUAUUUUUUGUCAUUCAUUGUUCAUACGUUCGUCUCAUCUGAUUUUCUUUUUAUAAAAAUACAAUUAAAAUUUCAAACGAAUACACAUAAUGUUUAUAAAUAUAAUGUAGUGCAACACAUAUAUGUAUAAUAUAGCUUAAUACCAAGUGCAAUCCCCCGAAAGAUAACUUCAAAUGGCAAUCUAAUUUACGUAAAGAGAACAGACAAAAAAAGAAACGGCGCGUGUGAAAUUUUUUCAAGCAAAGCAAAGGAGAGAAGUUGGAGCAACAAAAAAAAGAGGAGAGAAAAAAUACAGCAACAACACACAAAUAAACGGUACUUAGGACCACAGCAAAGAGGAGCAACAAAGAAACAAAAUAUUUGGACACAAUCUCAAGACCACCACCAUGGAACCCAACAGACAUCACGAAUAUCAGACACAUCAUCAGCCGCAUCCGUCGAUGCAGCACCAUCCAACGCAUCCACAUCACCAGCCACCACAUCACCAACAACCGCACCACCCGCAGCAACCGAUCCACCAGCAUCACCCGCCGCCACCACCACCUCAGCAGCAGCAACAUCAGCAGCAUCAGCCACCGCAGCAGAUCCACCCGCAGCAGCAUCCGCAUCCGCAUCACUACCAGCAACUGCAUCACCAUCCCACGAGCUCCACAUCGGUGGGCAGCUCCUCCUCCUCCGUCAGCUAUGUCAGUCACCAUCCGCAACAUCACCCCACAUCCUUGGCCGAGGAUCAGCGCUCCCGGUCAGCAAUUUAUAUGAGCAGAAACACUCAGCCCGGCUUGCCACCACCUCCUCAUCCUACUCAUCCCUCGGCGCAAGGAUCAGGCGCCGCUGGGACGAGUGGCAGCGAUCCUCACAUGCAAUACUACACCUCGAACCAGAAUUUGGCGGUGAAGAAGAUGUCCGAUCCGCAUCCCAAUUGGAGCUAUAAGAGCCAAGCUGUUACGACUCCAGCUCCGGCGCCCGGAUUGCGACAGCAUGGAAAUCCUGCCCUGUAUCCAACGGGCAGCACCGCCUACUGGCCGCCACCGGAUGAGCAGUUGCAUCACCAGCAGCCGUCCCGGUAUUCCUAUGCAAAACCAGGAGGCCCGGUCACGGGUUCGAGACCCAUUCAGGGACCCCUGCCAAACAGUCAGCGAUACUACAGCGAGGACAUUAAGUACUCCACUGUACCUGCCGCAUCCAAGGUGCUCACCUACGCACCACCAGCCAGCUCCUCGCAGCCACAGCCACCGCCACCCACCUCCAGCGCCAGCGCCAGCUCGGCCGCUAACUCGUCAUCCGUCCGCCACUAUGAACUCGAACAUGUGGUCAAUCCCAGUAAUCCGAGCAACGAGCACCAGCAACCCAGUCCGAAUUAUGGACGCAAAUGUCCGCCUCACUACGAAACGCCGCCGGAGCAAAGAAGUGCCGGGGCCACGCCCAAUUCGACGCCCAAUCCCACAUCCACAUCGCACCACCAGAGCCUGUAUAUUCCCAUGCCGACAUUCAGUACGGAAAAGUUCCAAACCACUGUGCAUAAUGCGAUUGAGAAGUACAUAAGGGAAACUCCGGCACCCAGCUUGGAGUAUCCCAGAGGUGGAGUGGCACCAGCAGGUGCGGGAGCCGGUAGUGGUGCCGCCUAUGGGCGAACUGGUUACUACAAUCAGCAGCCGGUGAAGAGCUCCAAGGCAGCACCACCUGUACCUCAAACUGCCACCUCCAGUUAUGUGAAAAUGGAACCGGAGCACGCUCUUGCCGGAGGAUUGCCGCAACCCACGAGAUCCUCGCUUUACCACAAUCCCUAUAAUGUGGAGAGCAGGGAAAGGGACUCCUCGCCAGCCAUGGCCACUGUGCCGGCGCCUCACGGCUAUCCGACCAAAUAUGGCAAGCUGAUACAGCAACAGCACGCUAGCGGAGUGGGAACAGGUAGCUCGGCGCCCUAUCAAAGCUACUACCAUCAGGGAACGCCUUCGCCAGCGGCUGGAGCGGUGGCUUCGCCCACGCCAGCACCAGGACCACCGCAGGCCGAAGCGCCAGGAUCGAUUUUUGGUCCUGGACCGGGCUUGAAUCCCGGCAUGCCUCCGCAUAGUAGCCAACCGGCUCCACCACCCGCCAACAGUCAGCAACCCGCCUCAUCAUCCUCAUCGUCUAGCAAUGCCAACUUCUCCACCCUGCAGGUAUAUCCCCAUGGACCAGAUAUUUGCUACCAGCCAGGCAGUCAGUCCCAGGCGCAGAACCAAGCGCAGAGUCAUCCCAAUCCUGCCAAAAAGCCACCAGCUGUAACAAAACCCAACUAUCGUGCUUUAAUCAACGAUAUGCUGAAACGAAAUACAGCCAGCGAACAAGAACUGAAUAUGCAGAUCAUCAAGAAAACGCUAAACAUGGAGCCGCCUUCCAGGAAUCAUCCAGCUCCAAGUAGAGUCAUCCAACAGAGUGCAGCACCCGCUGCAAUAUCAGUUCCAUCAGCUCCACCGCCCCCGCCGCCAGCGAUUCAUUCGCCAUUGGAUUUGUCCAUGCGCACGGUGAAGCAGACGGCGGAUUCCACGGAGUACAAAUACCAGAGACCCAGCACGGACUACAAGCUACCACAAGGGGGCUUAGGCGGAGGCGGAGGCGGAGGUGGAGGCCUGGGAUUGCCAAGGUUCGAUAUUACACCCAACUUCUCGGCUGCCACGAGGGGCGGAGCACCCACGAGUCCGGCGCCCACACCUGUGAUACGUCAGGCUCUGGCGAUUCCGGCAGCUCCUGUGCCACCCACGGUUCCAGUUCCUCCGGCAGUGGCUGCACCAGCCCUGGUGAUCAAAACCCUGCAACAGAUGCGCCCCAGUGUGUUGGAAACAAAUCCGUUUGCCAAGCGACAGCAGCAGCUGCCACCAGAGACGAGCAUUGUGCAGGUAAACAAGCCGACAGUGGAACUGAUGCCCACACCUUCGCCAAGCCCGCACAACAGCAGUAAUCCCAACUAUUUGGGCAAGAAACGGCACCUGCAGGAGUACAAUCAAGCCGCUGCGAAGCAAGCAAGAUUGGAAGCGGAAUCAUCAGGAUCUCUAGUGUCCAAGGCACCCAUAAUAGCGGCUCCCACUUCAGUGGUUGUAGUUGCUCCCGUGCCCGUGAUAGCUGUGAAUGAACAGGCGCUGGCCGCCAAGCGGGAAAGGGAGAUGCAAUCCAUGAGUGCAGAAUCCUCCACUUCCGCCCAUCUGGUACCCAAGAUGGAACCACGCAUUCGAACUAAAGCCGAGCUCAAGGGCUUCACAUUUACGCCGCCUGUGCUCGUUUCCUCCACAACGAAUGCUUCUAGUACAAUUUCACCACCCAGGACGCCACCCAACCAGGUUACCAAUCACAUUCAAAUUAAGCUAGAGCCAGCGCCAGCGCCACCAAAAGCGACUGAUUUGGAUGUGGAAGAUGAACUCAGUUUGGGUAACCUGAUGGACUGGGGCAGCACAUGUAAUAAUCUCGUUGAGCAACUUAUGAGCAAGGUUGUGGUGCCACCAGCAUUACCGGCAUUACCAGCCAACACCGGCAUCAAACUGGAGCUCAGUGAAGAUGAUCUGCCGGUUGCUCGCAUUUUAAAGAGACAACCUUUGGCAGCACCAUCGCUUGCUGGAGGAGAUGCCGAGUCGGCAACUACUCAAUUAACCACAACUACCAACGGAAUCUCUUCGUCUUUGGGCAAUGGCAGUGGCCAGAAGAAACUCAGCAAAGUGGAGAGGGAGAAGAAACGCCAGCAGCAGGAACAGCGAAUUGCCGCCCGCUUGGCACCAAAACAUGGGCAAAGCAGUUCAUCGGAGAGCGAUACCACAGAGCUUCACAAGCGGAAUACGGCGCGGCAAAAGAAACCUCUACUGCGAAAGGGGAGAACGAGGCAAAGGUCUCCGGAAGCGGCCAGCAUUCAGCAGAGCAGCGAUGAGGAGCAGGAGAAAGUGAGCCAGCGACUUAGUCGCAAUCAAACCUCCAGCGAGGAAAGCAAGACAAAAGCCACUUCCGCCAAAAAGGAUGUUAAAAAGGAGGCCAAGACUCCAAGCAACAAGUCCAACAACAGCGCCUCUCUGGCCAAGAUCAGAAAGAAGCCAAUUGAUACUUCCAGCUUAAACAAGACCAAAGGUGAAGAGAACUCCAAGCAGGAAAGCCAGGAGAGCACCACUUCGGAGAGCGAAGAAGAACAAGAUGACAAUGACGAAGAGGAGGAGGAUCAGGAGGAGGAUGAGGAAGAGCCCGAAGAGGACGACGAUGAGGAGCAGGACAAGAAAAAGGAGAAGCGAGGAGGCAGACGUCCGGGAAACACACUCAAGAAACGCAUUGCCCACAAGCUGAAUACCAUGACCCGCUCCAAACAUCGCAAAGAACUCGAACUCCAGUUGGCCAACAGUAAGGUUCUACGCAAUGACAAGAUCAUCAGGAACUCCACCACCAAAAUUAAGAGAAAGUAUGUCCGCAAAGUGGUGGACAGCAAGAAGGAGAUGAUGGUCACCCGUUUGCGAAACAAACGUGGCUUAAACUCUGAUCUAGGAGCGCUGAAUGGUAGAAACUCCAAGCUGAAGGGCAGCAAGAUGGGAAAUAGUCCCGGUAAGCCACCCAAGACCUCGCCGCAGCAGCAACUGUACCUGGAGGAGUAUCGCUAUAAGUUGGCUUUGAAAAUCCCACACAGCCUGAUCUCGAUUAAUAAGCUCAACAAAGUGGCUUCCUCGCUACCGGACUUGGAGCGCCGUGAUCUCAGCCAGGAGCUGGCCUGCUUUAAGAGAAAUAGACCCAAGACCAAAGCUGCCAGUAAGCAGGAUUUCACGCCGAAGUCCAUAAUCGAUGUCCUCCACUUGAGGGUAACCAAUGGCAGUACGGCCAGCACUCAAAGGAAGAUCUCAGUCUCUGCUCCCGCUUCCACCAACCUCCAGAUCCAUAGUGAAACCUCGCAAACCUCCGCCUCUACUUCACUUUACGAGCAGCCCCAGCAGGAUAACACCACGGAAAACCAGUCCCUAGAUGACAUCAGCAAGCGGCACUUUAGCAUUUUCGACACCAAAGUGCUGCAGAGCAAAACCCGAACAGAAACCAAGUUGCAAAAACACAGGGAGAUCAUCCGUGAGAUUUUCGUCGGUCCGGAACGUCCAGCUUCGGCUCCGCCAGAAUGUGUCCAGGAGGCAGAUGAAGGGGAUGCCAUUAGUUACCAGAAGUACGAGGAGUUCCUGGUGCAAAUGAACAGCAUUGCCAGCGCGAAUGACAGCAAGUUGGCCAGGAGAUCUCUAAUGGAGGACAAGUUCGUCACGGCUCCUCAAUGUCCGCACAAGAGAAAGUAUCGUUGUAGGAAAGGCAGCUCGGGAUUUGACUACAUACGUAAGAAGAAGAGACCAGCUCCAACCCAGACUCAGAACCACGCCCAAAAUCAUAAUCAGAAUCAGAAUCAGAACCAAGCCUCCAGUCAGAUAACACAACAUCUAUUGGAACACAAUCAGAGUGCGGCGGAUGAGCGAUUGGAGGAUACGGAUAGCACCAUCGCAGGCAGUUCCCAUUUGCCGCCAAAGGUGAAAACGGAGAUGGAUGUCUGUCGUGAGAUCCAGAAGUGGGUGCUCAACAAGGGAGUGGGCCAGAGCACCAUGCACAAGGCCGCUCGCCAGGGGCUAAUCGAUGUGGUGGUGUACUGCUUGGAUCGUAUGAAUAUGAACCCUGACCAGAAGGAUAACGCCGGCUACACUCCCCUCCACGAGGCGUGCACCCAAGGAUGGCUGGAGAUCGCCAGGCUACUGCUCCAAUACGGAGCGAAUCAUUCGGAGGCGGCUCAAUCUGGAAUCAGGCCAUUGCACGGAGCCAUCGAGAAUGAUCACGAGGAGGUGGUGCGCCUGUUGCUCUCCUAUGGAGCCGAUCCGUUGCUGGCAACGUACUCAGGUCAAACCCCGCUAAUGUUAGCUUCAAGCAAGUUGAUGCGUGGCAUUCUGAGCUCUCAUCUCAGCGAUGCACAAAGUGCCGCCGCUGACAUCAAGCCAAUGCGAUUCAAUGGGCCUUGGGAGAUAUUUGAUGCUAAGGAGUAUGGUUAUGAUAUAUUCAGUAAUGUACCGAAUACAGCUUGUGAUAUGAGCAGAGCUCUACGUAGAGAAAGGAAGGAGGCCAAGCAGCAGAGGAUGAGCAACAGUAGCAGAACCAGCAACAUGAAUGGCCUGUUACCAGCAAAAAAGGAAGAGCAGAAGCCCGAGGAUUUGGACCAGGACCACCGGGUGACCACAACGAUCAAGCAGAACGGGGAGACGAGUGCAACAAAGACUGGAUCGGCGACUACGACGACGGCAACAACGAUGGUUAAAUUGGAACCAGGCACCGACGAGGAUAGCAAUAACAAUAAGAACAACGAGGAGCUGAAUGCUAAUGUUGAAAAUAAUUUAGUAACAAGCGUUGUGAAUGUCAAGAAUGAAGUGAAGAAGGAAGUGGAUGCUGAAGCAGAAACGGAAGCGGAAGCAGAAACGAACGCGAAUGCGAAUACGAAUAGUAUGAGUAGGCUAGACGAGGAUCAGACGGACAUCGAGACAAUGGAUAGUGAAUUGAAUGGUGAUAUUUUUGAAUUUGAAGAGGCCGAUGUGCCCUUGCCACCACUGUACUUGCUCAAAGACGAGGGCAGUGAUAAAUGGGUACUACUCAACGACUUGUGCAAUUUACUUAAAGUUAAAUCGAAGGAUACGUUGCUCAACAAGCUCUGUCCGAACAACAGCAAUGCGUUGGCCAGCAGUCAGAAGCACCUGCUCCGGGAGUUCAAGAUAGACGAUUUCCUGGAGAAAGCCACCUGCCUGCAGCUGUUGUGCGCCGGUGAAAAGCUGAACAUGUUCAGCUCCUCGAAGGUUGUGCUCAUCAAAUACAACGACAGUGUACGGAACUUGUUGGGCGUGAAGACCAUUUUAAUGAAAUUUUAACCGAGAUAUCUUUAGCGAUUGGACAAGGCAUGAUCCAGAAAGAUAUAGCUUAGAUAAUGAUGAACAGAUGAGCAUAGUACUAACUGAACAUAGAGUGUAAAGUGCAAACAAAUAUGGAAAAACUAUUAGUACGAAUAUAAUUAUAGAUUUAUAUACUAUACAUACAUAUGUAUAUUUUAGCUAGUAACUAGUUUUUACUCACACGUCUUUGUCUUUGGAAGAUAAAGGCUUUUAUAAAGGAAAUUAAAUUAGAGCUAAUGCAAAGUGAUACAAAGGUGCUAUACACACUCAAAACGAAGAAAACGGAAAUGAAUGGAAAUUUUAGAGCGAGAGUAUUGAAAAAAUCUGGAAUCUUUAGGGAUUGGCUGCAAUUACGCAAUUCAAGUAGAACAAAAUAAUGCGAGGCAGUAAGUGAAUAGGAAACGAACAGAAAAUGUAUGCCAGCCAAUCAGCUAAUAAAUUGAUAUAUACUUACAGAUAUAUCUAGGGAUAAAGUGUAAUCUAUGGUUUUUAAAAAAGCAAAACAAACUAGCUAAAGUAGAAAGUAAAUAAUAAUUAUUGUAAUAAUAUUAAAGAAGCAACAAAGGCGUAUUUAUGUAUUAUGUAUUUUUAAAUGAAAUUAUUAACAUAAUAUAUAAAAUAUAUGUAUACACAAUAUGAUCCAACUACAAUGUAAAUCAAUUUUCAGAUAGGUUUGUAAUUUUCUAUGUAAUGUACGUGUGUAAGUUUUGUGCAACUAUAAACAGAAACCACAAAAAAACUGAAGAAAUUUAACAAAAAAAAAAAAACUAAUGAGAAACAAAAUAAAUGCAAAGUGAAAUUUUGACAAUUUAA